AGUUUUCUUUGGGAGGUGCUAACUCGUGUGCUAGUGAUUUUACAUUAGUGAUGCCGAUUGGCGCGAUCUAGUUCCCACGCAAUCCGCGCCAAGAAUGGCCGUGAAGCCGUGAAGCGGCCGUACGUCUCCAUGCGCUCUCCGGACAUUGAGUAGAUUGACGCUAGAGGAGCCGCCGUUGGAGACAGUAAAAACGGUGGCACGAUGACAGUUCAACAGCAGCUAAACGACCUACCGCAGUCACCCACGGAUUCAUCCGGUUCGGGGCAACAGAUACAGCAGCACCACAACGCUCAGCGCUAUCAGCAUCACAAUCAUCAUCACCAUCAUCAUCACCACAAUGGUCCCGAUGCAGCAUACAACAUCACGACGGCCGAGGCAGACCUCGAUUACAACGACAGCGACAACAGCCUGGCGGCGGUGCUGCAACAUCACCAUCAUCCAGCGGUAGGGGCGCAUCAUGCUGCGCACCAUCACCAUCGCUACAUGGCAUCGAGCGCAAGUUCCUGUGAUAACACUAAGCAGCUGCCACCGGCUGGCAGCAGGGUCCUCGGUUGUAGUACCUCCAGUGCCGGCGGAUCCUGCGACGAGAACACCACACCGAGUGUGCUGGACGUGAACCUAGACUCCAAGAAGGUGCCACUCUUUCUUCAUUCCUCCUCUAGCGUAAGUGCCCACUGUAACGCUGGAUCGCGGUUGAGCACACCGGUUCGGUUCGGUUCGGCUGACGAGCGGAAGUACACCAACAACCAUCAUCAUCAUCACCACCAUCACCAGCAUCAGCAGCAGCAACAGCAGCAGAAUCAGCAACAGCCUCCGCAUCAUCAUCAUCACCAUCAUCACAUUGAGGUGUACAGUGAUGGGGGGAACGGGCUAGACAGCAGCAACAAGCUCGAGGAAGAGAACAAUCAUGAGAUCUCGGAAGAUGAUCGUGGGCCACCACUUCCGCCACGGCCAGCACCGCGCACCCGCACACUGCAGCGCAUGGACCAGGCUCCCAUACCGUCCGGUGUCCGGAAGUACGUCAUCUGGUGUCUGAUAUGUGGUGGCAUCUCCAGCCUGCUCGGCGUGCUAUUUUUGGGCAUUUACUUCCUGCUUCGCUCGUACACCAGCACCGUUGGAUACUUCGAGACCGUGCCAACGUUUGUACCGGCGACAUUGCUCAUGCUGACUGGCAUCUGUAUAAUGAGCCUUGCGAGGCGAAGAAAUCGUUAUAGUUACUUGAUCAAGUUAUCCGGAGCGUGUGGGCUGGCAUCGGCCCUUACUUGUGCCCUGGUGACGGUUACGACGACCGUUUUGCACAUGAGCCGACUUCAGGUGCUCCGGGAGUGCGAGUACACGCAGAAGACACGCACCUGCACGUGCUACUCGGUGACGGCAGAUAAGCAGCCGGACGGUGUGGACGAUAGCGUUCGGUUCGUAUUCGAUUCCACGUCCGACUGUGGGGUCGUGCACGGUGCCCUUUACUCGUGCCUAAGGGCCGUUUUCGGUUUGUCGGUGGCCGGCGUCCUGGUGGCCGUGUUCAGCUGUAUGCUCGUGUACCAGCUGUUAAGCCACGAGCGGAAAAAGAUGUACUGGGAGCAGCUGGAGCUCCGCUGCCGCUCGCUCUACUCGGGCCAAGGUCCGCCGGGUGGUCCAACGGCUGUGCUGCCUCCCGGUGCCGGUCCUGGAGGGUUGCUUGGUCCGAGCGGUGGAUUAGCUGCCGGUCCCGGUGGCAUGCCAGGCGCUCCAGGGAUGCGUGCCGGUAACUGUCGCUGCUGCGAGCAGUGUCACGCGCAUCGCAAUGUAUUACCAGCGGCCUAUCCGUGGGAGGGCGACGGUCGCUUCUGGACCCCCGGUCAGGCCGGAAACUUCUACUCGCCUAACCCCGGUGGUGACGAGACACUCGGUGGGGCCGGUGGAGGAGGCGUGGGUGCUGGAUCAGGAGGACGGUUAAAUGCUAGUGGACGGCGUAUGCACGGUUGGAGCUGGCCACGAAUGCCGUGGCAACGCAAUGAAGCCGCACCGCAGCGUAUGUCCCCUCACAGUCCGGACUCGCAGUACGGCUUUGCGUCGGGUAACCGAACAUCCGGUGGUCCCCCUCCAGGAGGACCGGCUGUCGGUGUGGUAGGUGCAAUGCUCGGUGAUCCUGCGCAGCCCCGGUACAACGUGAUCGAACAGCAGUACGGUAUCUGGGGACCGCCGCCACCAUACAGUGAUCCCAACAGUCCGGCGCGCCGUGGUCGCUAUCAGUACAUCCACCCGGCACAGUGUGUACCACCGACGAUGAUGGAGCCGGGUUUGGGUAUGGUCGGAGCACCCGGUGCACACAUAGUGGGUCCCGGUAGUGUCGGUAUGGCACCUCCAUCGAAUGCGGGAUCCAGCAUUGCCAUCCUCGAGUGUCAUCAGCACGCGGUGAUGGGUGUCGAUGUGCACGGUAUACCACAGCAGUACGUGACGGGACAACAGGCUGGUAGUGGUGGUCUUGCAAGUGGACCAGGACAUCCUGGAGGCAACGGCUCCACCAACCAUCACUACUCACGCGGAACGAUGGAUGUGACGCCGGCCACCGGUGGAGCCAGUAAGCGUCAGCAUCAACCAUCGGGCGCUGGCAGUGGUGGUGGCUAUAGUAAAGGACAAUCGAAGGAGAGCUACGAAAACACUCCGUCCGACAGUGAUGGUCCGGGGCGGGAUCGGUUCUCCGCUACGUUGCCCCUUCGCAAAGCCAAAAAGCGAGUGGAAGCCGGUGCCAAAAGUAUCGGACCGAAUCAACAGGCCAGUCGCGUCAAUGUGCAGAACGUGUUCCAACAGCAGCAGCACCAGCAACCACCAGCAUCGGUGGAAACGUCAGAAAAUGAGUACAACGAACCCAACACGCUUCCUUCAUCGCAAGGUGGUGGCUCUAGUAGUACUAGUGGUGGACUGACGAAUGAUUGCCGGAGUGGCCCGGGAUCUCCUUCGAUGGUUUCCCAUCGAUUGCUGCCAGCAGGAAGUGGAGGACAAGUACAACCACCGAAGACUCGUCGUCUGAAGCCUGCGUCCUCAUCGAGUGGUGGCGUGGAAAACAGUGGCUUCCAAACGGUGGAAGCACUGGAAGCUGAAGCUGCCGUUGCCGCAGCCGGAGCCGGUGGCAAACUGCUUGAGCCAACUGAGUCGGAAGUGUACUUUGCGGACGUUAGCAGCUGCUGCAACAUGUCGGUCAAGAACGACAACUAUUACGAGGACGCCGGUCAACGGCGCAAAAAGGAUAAACAGCAGCAUCCGCAGCCGGAUCAAGCGGACGAGUACAUUGCGCAGCGGUUCGGAAAGCGGGAACCAUCGGUGCGAAGCCGGUUACCCUUCCCGCAAACCGUACUAGCCUCAGGCGAGAAGCCUCCGGUGAUGCCACGGUCUACGCUACUCCUGCCGAAGGACCACUCCCGCCAAAGCAUGUGUUCAGUGGAUUCGGGCGAGCGGACGGAUUACACCGACCUGUCGCCGGGCACCCCCAGUACAAACUUUCCCUCGAUUGCGUCCAGCCAACAGCAGCAACAGCAGCAGCACCAUCAUCAGCAUUAUCAUCACCUCCGGGAACACCCUCAGCAUGUCGGCCAUCACGUGGCAUGUGAAGAACCGCCUAAGGAGACGGUGUCGGCGACGACAGCAAGUUCAGGCUGCAGCUUCAUCGCCUCGUAUCCGUACUCUUCGAACGAGCAGAGCCAGGAGGCACACCGGCGCUCGACCAAGAACCUGCACGAUCUCUUUCUAGCACCCGACUCGCAGUAUGAGGUAAUGAAGGAAUUGCCUAGAUUUAAGACGACACCGCUCACGCUAACACCCUUCACUCCCAUCUCGCCCACAUCUGGAUCACCUACCUUCGCUUCCGCCUUCCAGGACAUGCCGGUUCAGUUCCCACCCGCGGCACAGCCGAGUGGAGCAGCAACGGCAAGUGGCGCUGCCAACUCAACCUCUUCCACUACGUCACCAUCAGCAGCCAGUCACCACCAGUCGGUGAAACCAAAAUCACCAAAAAACCUCAACAUCACGCCGAUCAAGCGCCAAAGUCUUGGCACCAACAUUAGCUCGAUUAUACAGAACCUGAGCGGGCACGAUGUCGGCCUGCUAUAUCCAGAACCCGGUCCGAUGGGGCGGGCCUCUUCGCGCAGCAAUAGCAGCAGCUACAACCAAAGCAGCGACCGAGAGUCCAUCACUGGCUCAUCGUCGGCGCUAGGUGGGACGGGUCGUGGCCGCGCUGGUGACAUCAAGGACAUCAGUGUGAGCAGCAAUGAAGACAACGAGGAUACCUCCAACGAUGAGCGAUGCGGGGCCGCUACUACCGGUGGUGGUGGUUGUGGUGGUGUUAGCGAUCGUCGAUUGUGAGACGAAGUGUAUGUGUGAGCGACGUCCGGUGGCUAAUAUUGUCCCAAGUUGGUUGGCGGAAACAGCGCUUCACACAGCACCUCAAACCCCAAAAGCCAUGCCCGAUCGUCGUAGUGGUGGUGGUCGUUGCUGUACAUAUUCCAUCCAAAGCGUGAAGAACGGGAAAGAGGAAGAAGGAAAAGGACCUGACAAACCUAUAUCUACCUGUCACAUGUGCGUUGUCCAUCUGGCCACUCAUCUAUGUCCAUCCAUCUAUGAAUCUAUGGCAAGUUGAGACCGUGUCCAAUCCACGCGAUCAUGCUACAUCGUGUGUGUGUGUGUGUUGAACGUUUACUGUCUAGCACAAGAUUAAGUCCCAGAUCCGAGGAACCUUAUCACCUUAUCCGUUCAGCAUUCAUGUCCUAUCGUAGCAGAGUUAGUAACAGCGUUUGUGGUAUGGCGUCAUGUCAUGUAUUCAACUACAAAUUUGUUCCAUUCGUUCCGGUCUCAGUCCAGCGGGAUGCUAUUUUCAUGAUUAAAAACAAAACUCUAAAGAUCCUUUAUUCCUAUGCCUGACCCAUUUUGUUAUCAAUUAAAUUAUGGGCCGAGCAGUUGCUUUGCAACAUUGCAGGUACCUUGCGGAUAGAAGUUGGCGAGAAAUGUUUCGAGGAACGUAACUGUUCCUAACAGAACUGAACUGCGCGGGUUUUCCAGGUAUUAGAAUCCUUUCCGUAUUCGUGUUAACGUAAAACGAAAUGUUGCUGGAUUUCAUGUGCUCGGCAGGGCGCCGAUUGUUUGUAAACAGGUUCCUUCGUGCGUACUGGAACAAACUAUCGUCCACAAUGCUUUAAGAUUGUUUCACUAAAAUUUAGACUAUUCGCGAGAGAUAGGAUUGUUAUUUUGUGACAUCGUUGGCCAUGCCAUGCCAUGAUCCCUUGUAUAAUCGUUGUAUAGAUUUCCAUUUAGAGCAGCACGGGCUGACGUUAGUAGUGCUUUCGCGCGAUUUCAGAAGCCGGUCAGGUGAAUCAUUCUUCGCCGAUCACAGCCUCAUUACACCUUCCUCCCUCCAAUAUAUUCUAUACAUACAGAGCGAUAGUUUAGGCGUAUAGUAUCUAGUGCCGUUGAGAAUGUUGUCCCUAGUAAAAGUGCACGUUAGAUUAGUAGCGAAAAGGUAGCCAAUCUGUUAGAAUUAAGUUCCGCGAGAAGGUGAAAGACUGCAAAUUGCCGGUGCCGAUUCAAUACGUUCCGUUCAGACAACUGUGUGCCAGGGAAAGUUCGUCGGGUAGCUAUCGAUGAUACUAUAUAGUGACGAUGAUACUAUAUAGUGACGUGUAGCCGUUUAGGCAUUGGAUGCGUUUGCCUCUUCUCACGCAGUCUUCAACCCAUUUCAGCUAAAAUGCUUCCAAAUUUUCGAAAAUACAUAUAAGGCCGCGCGGACGUGGUGUAUGCAUGGGCGUUCGACGAGUUCGUAAUGAUAAGUCAGUUAGCGCCCUGAACAGUUGAGAUGUGGUGAAUUCAGCGUACAGAAAACAGGCUUACUGCGCUUACUGCUGUCGUUAACGUCGUUAACGUAACAAGCGGAUCGAAGCAAACACAAUCGGAUCAUAUUAAUCGUAUUAUCGCGUAAGGAAGCAUUCUAAUCGAGGCAUAGCUGCUACAAAUAAUCGAACCGUGUGGAAGGAUGAACUAUUGGAUUGU